AUGGACAUGGGGAGGCGCCUUUGGCUGGCCCGCGUGCCAGCAGUGGCGACGACGAUGGUGGUCAUGCUGUCGCUGAGCUCGUCCUUGUGCGUGUCGGCGGCGGCGAGGGCGGGCGCCGGGACGGCUGGCGCUGUGGCGGAGCAGCAGCGGCACCCGGUGGUGCUGAUCCCGGGCGCGGGCGGCAACCAGCUGGAGGCGCGGCUGACGGAGGACUACAAGCCGUCCAGCCUGGUUUGCCGGGUGUGGCCACUCGUGCGCGGCCGCGGCGGCUGGUUCCGCCUCUGGUUCGACCCCUCCGUGCUGGUCGCGCCGCUCACCAGGUGCUUCGCCGAGCGGAUGACGCUCUCCUACGACGCCGACGCCGACGACUACCGCAACGCGCCCGGCGUCGAGACCAGGGUCUCCGACUUCGGCUCCACCUCCACCCUCCGCUACCUCGACCCCAACCUCAAGCUCCUGACGGGGUACAUGAACACUCUGGCGACCACGCUGGAGGAGAAGGCCGGCUACGAGGAGGGCCGCGACCUGUUCGGCGCGCCGUACGACUUCCGGUACGGGCUGGCCGGGCCGGGGCACCCGUCGCAGGUGGGCAGCGGGUACCUGCAGCGGCUCAGGCUGCUGGUGGAGUCGGCGUGCGCGGCCAACGGCGGGCGGCCCGCGAUCCUGGUGGCGCACAGCCUGGGCGGCCUGUUCGCGCUGCAGCUGCUGGCGCGCAGCCCGCCGCAGUGGCGCGCGGCGCACGUGCGGCGCCUCGUAACGCUCUCCACGCCGUGGGGCGGGUCGGUGCAGGAGAUGCUCACCUUUGCCUCCGGCAACACGCUCGGGGUGCCCUUCGUCGACGCGUCCCUCAUCCGCGACGAGCAGCGGACCGCCGAGAGCAACCUGUGGCUGCUGCCGACGCCCAAGGUGUUCGGCAACACCACGCUGGUGGUGUCGCGGAGCCACAACCGCUCCUACUCCGCCAAGAACAUGACGCAGUUCCUCCGGGACAUCGGCUUCGAGGAAGGCGUGGAGCCGUACCGCGCGCGGAUACGCCCGCUCGUCGAGGCCCUGCCGGAGCCCGGCGUGCCCGUCACGUGCCUGGUGGGCACCGGCGUCGACACGGUGGAGAGCCUCGUGUACGGCGACGGCGGCUUCGACGAGGACCCCGACGAGGUGGUCUACGGCGACGGGGACGGGACGGUGAACCUGGCCAGCCUUGUGGGCCCGAUCAAGGCGUGGUCCGACUCGCCCACGCAGGUCGUCGAGGUGGUGGAGCUGCCCAGGGUGUCGCACUCCGGCAUGCUCAACGACAAGAGCGCGCUGGAGCAGAUCAUCAGGAUCGUCGAUUCUAUCAACUUCAACGCCACGAGCUAUUAUCAGUCCUCUUAG